AUGGCCUCCGAAGGAAGCGAGGCUGGCCCACUGAGCAGAGUGUGGGAAAGCAAGUACAGCGAGCGGCGAAGCGAGAGACUGUACAAGGCCGAAGAUCCUCGAGUGUCCGCAGACCAAAGUUUAUUCCAUAGUGGGAAUUCUUUGCUGGACCUGCUUGAGAAUGGGGACAUUCCGAGUCUCACAAGAUCGUUCCUACGCUUCUCCAGGGACUGUCUGGAAGCGCCGUCGGAGCAUACCGAUGUGGCACUUAGGAGAUUUCUUGCUGCCGCAACAAGGCAGGAGCUACAAAGCAAUCAGCUGCCAGCCGCAAAUCUAGCGCCAAAGACAAUCAUGCUUGAUGACAGACGAGACCCCGAAGUGGGACGUUCCACCACUCGCAGGUGGGACGGACCUGGUGGCUACUUAGAAUAUCCGCCGGAAGGCGUUGAUGUUUGGCCGGAGCAGGCCAUUGCCCUUUCCCUCAGCGACUUUCUGUCUCGGUUGAAAGAAUCUGUACGUAUACCGCUGCUUCGAAUUGUGUCGUGGCUCAGUAUGACGCAGCGCUACGAAAAGAAGGCCGAACGGCGAAUAAUUUACAUCUCCGAUAUCACGGCUUCCUGCAUGGUAGCCAUCGCAGCUACCGCAGCAGAACGGUCGAUUGCUGACCUGAGAGAGUUCUUCUCGGGUCUACUUCUUUUCCGAACUGUCUUUCGCAUCUCGCUGGAUGCGACAUUCGCUCUAGAAUUUCACAUUCCCUUCCUGGCUCUUCGCGUUGGCAAUUCCGUUCUUGACAGAAGAGAACUUGGAGGAAAGCAAUUACGAAACUGUCGCGUACUUCCACUGCCUCGCGAACAGGAGAAAACAUCGUUCUACUACGAGUCCCAGGUAUCUUUCCUUGCAGUCGGGAUUGAUGAGUGGCUAUGGACAGCCUACUGCUGCGUGGACAACUUCUACGGAAAGGAAACUUACCGGAAAGAUUGCCUUGACUAUAAAUUGGACCCUGCUUCUGGUGGCUCUCUUUGGCUGAACGAGCCGGUAUGGAAUCCCCGGCAGUAUUUUCUCGCAAUCCUGUCUAGAAGAAUGAAGCAGGCUAUGUGGGAAUGGACAGCCCUGGUCAAUUGCUUCUUUGAUCGUCUCGAUUAUUAUGAGACGUCGUUCAGCAUAUUGGAUGACGAAAAAAUGACAAGGACGAGGGAGCUGUCGAUCGCAGUAUCAUGCCUCCGAGAGUUCCGGGACAAUCUCUCCAGCACUGUCAGAGCGUGGGACAACUUCGAAUCUAACUACAUCAACCUAUUCGAGGCGCCGAAGUUUCCCAAGUUGCAGGACUUGUGGCUUGCAUACGUUGUCCAGAUAAGAGUCUCGGUAUUCCGGUUGAAGGACCUUCAAGCACUCAUGUCGCAGAAGCUGGACAGGUUCAACAGCAUGCGGGACGGGCUCGUGAAUGCGUCGGCACUGAAAGAGAGUGCCGAGGCCACGCGCCAAGGAAGCAAUAUCGGCAUCUUGACGAGGAUGACAGUGCUGACACGCUGUACGUCCAUAGCUCUACCUUCCUUUGUCCCUGGCCACGUUUUUAGUGUCGCAAUGCUUCCGCAAUCGAACUGGCUAUGGUUCGGCUAUGGGGUUUUGUUGUGCUCAAGCAUUGUGGCCACAGUGUCUGCAGCGAGACGUCCUGCACUGCUUGACCUCAUAUUUGCGGCGGAGCAGAGCAAGAGCAAGAGCAAGAGUGAUCAUGCGGCUGGCUCAGGCACAGGCACCAGGAAGGCAAUGGGAGGUGAUGCUUCUUGA